AUGAAAUGGUUUCCACCGUGCGCCGCCGCCUUCUUCUCCGGCCUCUUGCGCCGCUGCGCUCCACUGUCUGCGAUUGGCCCUGGGAAGCAGGUACACGCGCACAUUCUCACCCGGGGGCUCCUCCCUCACGUCACCCUCCAGACCGACCUCGUCCUCGUGUACUGCCGAACCUCAGACCUCCUCAGCGCCCGUCAGGCGUUCGACGAAAUGCCCCACAGGAGCUCCCACACCUGGAACAUCCUCUUCUCGUCAUAUGCUCAGAGCUCUCGCCCCUGCGAGGCUCUUCGCCUCCUCCCCCUCUUCUUAACUGCAGGUCUCCGUGCCGACCACUACACUUUCCCGGCUCUCCUCAAGGCGUGCGUCGCCGCCGGCGACCUUCCCCUCGGCUUGUCCCUCCAUGGCCGGGUCCUCGAGACAGGCUACGAGGAGGACGCCCUCGUGCGGUGCUCCCUCCUGGACAUGUACGCCAAAUGCGGUCGCAUUGCCAAUGCCCACCAGCUGUUCUUGCAGAUGCGGGACAGAGACACAGUGGCCUGGAACUCGAUGAUCUCGGGACUGGCGAGGGCGAAGCUGCUCUCCGAGGCCCUAUGCUGCCUCAAGAAGAUGCAGUGGAAGGAAGUGGAGGAGGACCCCAUGGCCGUGCCGAGCGUGCUAGCCGCCUGCGGGCAAGCCGGAGAACUGCGGAAAGGGAAAGAACUCCACGGGAAGCUGAUCAAGAGCAGCCUGUUGACCACCGAUUCCGACGCCGCGGUGGGGAACGCGCUGCUGGAGAUGUACUCCCGCUGUGGCUGCCUAGCAGAUGCCCGUAAGGUCUUCGCGAUAAUGAGCAACCGGAAUGUGGUCACCUGGACGACUCUCAUUUCUUCCUGCGGGGCUCAUGGCGAAGGGGAGGAAUCGCUGAUUCUCUUCGAGGAGAUGGUAGCCUCGGGGGUCAAGCCCAACGCGGUCACCUUCACCGUGGUCCUCUCCAGCUGCAGCCACUCGGGCCUGGUUGCCCACGGCCGGAGGUUCUUCCAGUCGAUGAGCGGCGUCCACGGGGUCGAACCUACGGCGGAGCACUACGCCUGCAUGGUGGACCUCCUCGCCCGCGCAGGGCAUCUGCAGGAGGCGCUGGAGCUCGUGGAGAGCAUGCCGGUGGAGCCGACGGGGAGCGUGUGGGGGGCCCUCCUCGGCGCGUGCGCCGCGCAGGGGGACGCCGCGGUGGCGGAACUCGCCGCGCGCAGGCUCUUCGACAUCGAGCCGCGGAACGCUGCGAACUACGCGGCUUUGCGCGGCGUCUACGCCGCCGUCGGCGCCAGAGACGGCGUCCGGCGAAUGACGGCGAGGAUGAGGGCCCUCCGCCUGCUGAAGGGCCCUGGACGAAGCUGGAUACCCGUGGAAGGUGAGAGACCUUGGGAGAGAAAAUGUUGA